AUGAAAGGUUUGACUGAUAAGAAGAAAAUUGCUCAGCUCUUGUGUAAUUCUAUAGGAUCAAAUGAUGAUGAUUAUUCUAGUGACGACUCCUCUGAUUACGGAGUGCACAAAAUUGAUUCGAUCUACCAGAACUUUGAUGUCGUAGAUUUAUUUGAAGUUGAAUGUGAUUCAGACAAGUACAUUGUUUCUGUCACUAUAAAUGGAAGAUUACAAUGUUUUGAAGUUGACAGUGGGGCUAAAUUUUCUCUCCUUGCGAAGAAUGACUUUGAACGUCUACAUCUGAACGUACCUGUAGAACCAUCAAGGCUAGCCUUCCGUUCUUACUCUGGAUACAUAAUCAAACCAGAGGGAAAGGUAUCAGUUUCUGUAUCAUACAAGGGUAAACAGUUCAAAGGUGACCUUCACAUCGUCCCUUCAGGUCAUGAUGCACUUCUAGGGCGCCAAUGGAUCCGAGGACUGGGUAUUGAACUGUGUGAAAUUGACGCUGAAAUGAACCGACCAGCUACUACCCUUCAAUUACAACCUGUAAAUUCAAUUGAGGAACUGUUUGAAAAAUUUGCGCCAAUUUUCGAGCCAAAAAUUGGAUGCUUUCCAAACUUUACAGUAUCAUUACAUCUUCGAUCAGGAGCAAAGCCUAUUUUCAAUCGUGAACGGAACGUACCUCAUGCUCUUAUUGAUCAGGUCAACAAGGAACUAGAUUUACUUGAAAAUGAAGGAAUCAUUUCGCCUGUUACGUCAAGUGAUUGGGGGUCACCACUAAUCGUGAUACCUACGGCAGAUGGAAGUGUUCGUCUCUGUGUCGACUACAAAUGUGUGAAUGAACGAAUAGUCCAGGCAAACCAUCCUAUUCGAAAAAUUGACGAUGUACUCGACAGUUUGAGAGGAUCUCGUUACUUUUGCAAACUUGAUCUGUACAAAGCUUAUCUGCACCUCAAGGUCGACGAAGAGUCCAGUAUUAUCCAGACAAUGUCAACACACCGUGGAACAUAUCGUGUCAAUCGUCUAAGUUUCGGAAUAAAGACAGCACCUUCUGAAUUCAACCGAAUUCUUGCAUAA